AACUAAUCAUGCUUAGCUAUCGCUAAUUAUUCACUUUUACUUUAAUUAACCCACUCACUCCUUCCUUCCUUAUUUAAUUAACUCAAUAUAUAUUAUUUUAAAAUAAAAAUAAUCCACCCCACCACUCUCCUCUCUCUCUCUCUCUCUCUCUCUGGCAUCCCUAUAAAGUCCACCUGAUCUCCUUCUCUCCGCCCUCCACUUCUCCCAUCAAUCCUCUCUCUCUCUCUCUAGCAAAUCGAUCGAUCAGCGGAGGGUUACCUUUUUGGGUUUUAACUGAGAAUAGGAACAACAUGGACGGUAAAGGGAGGAGGGGAAGUAGCUGCUACCAGGACUACUACUCAGCGGCUGUUGCAGCCGCCAUUAAUGAAGAGAGCAGCCUGACGCAGAAUGAAGAAGAUGAAGAAGAUAUGGUGAUGAUGAUGAUGGAUGGUGAGGACACCAACAACACCACCACCAACAACAGCAACAGCGAGAUUAAUAAUAAUAACACUAGUAUGGAGGAGGAGGAGGAGCUGAGGAGGGGCCCCUGGACUGUCGAAGAAGACCUCGCCCUCAUCAACUACAUCGCUCUCCACGGCGAAGGCCGCUGGAACUCCCUCGCUCGCUGCGCCGGACUGAAGCGAACGGGGAAGAGUUGCAGAUUGCGGUGGCUGAACUACCUCCGCCCCGACGUCCGCCGCGGCAACAUCACCCUCGAGGAACAGCUCCUCAUUCUCGAACUCCACUCCCGCUGGGGCAACCGGUGGUCGAAGAUCGCACAGCACUUGCCGGGAAGAACAGACAACGAGAUCAAGAACUACUGGCGAACCAGAGUCCAGAAGCACGCCAAGCAGCUCAAAUGCGACGUCAACAGCCAGCAAUUCAAGGACGCCAUGCGCUACCUCUGGAUGCCCCGCCUCGUCGAGCGCAUCCACGCCGCCUCGUCCUCCGCCCCCUUCGCCCCCUUCCCCGCCUCCGUCCCCCCGCCCCCGCCAGGCGGCGACUUCGGGGGACCCGACUCGUUCCAGACCCAGUUCUCCGCCUACACCACCACCGCCACCACCUCCGAUAAUUCCAGCGCCGCGGCCUCCUCCGGAUCCGACUCGUUUGGGACGCAUCUGUCCCCCGUCUCCGACCUCGCCGAUUAUUACAGUGUCCCGGUCGGGAAUAACUCUAACCCGGAUCCGGAUAACUACAAUUUCCAAUCUGGAUAUGGUGGAGGUGGACAGAUUACCGGCAACGGCAUGAGUUACCCGGAUUCGACCCUAAUCAGCCCCUCGGGUUAUUUUAACCAGGGGUUGAGCUUCGAGGCCAACCAAUGGCUGGACGCCGGGGGCAUUUCCGACAAUUUGUUUAACGGUUUUAGCGAGGACAUGUGGUUUUUACAGCAGCACCUCGGCAGUGGCGACGGCAGCAUGGAUGGAAAAUGACAUUAAGGGUACUCGUGGGAUGGCAUAAUUACACCAUGUAAAAUUGAACCCAAAUAAAAAAAUAAAAAAAAAACAAAUUAAAAGAUUGAUACGUUUAGGAUCGAGUUUGUGAAGGAGGGACGAGUUUAAUUGUGGAUUCCUCGGUUUGUACUUGUUUGUCUUUUUAUUUUUAUUGGGGGCAAAUUUGUAAUUUGAGAUUUUCAAUCUCAUUCUUUGAUAAUUGACCUUUGUAUUUGUAUUUCUA